GUCUAUUUAUUAAAUAUCCACAUUGACUUUUAAUUCCCAUGGUGGGAUAUUGCUCUUCCCAUUACUUUUGGGGGCUACUUUUGAUUCACUGCCGUUGAAACCUGCUCCCUCUUGGCCCUUAUUUUCUUAUCGAGCUAUAAUCAAGGCACUCUAUCCUCCCAAAGACUGUCUUGAGAAUCUAGUCCAAUCCAGUUCUGCUAGAUCUAUCUAAGGACCUGGUAAUUGAAGUUUCUCCUGCAAAACUGGUAAACAAUGAUGAUUAAGUGUAGUAGGGCUGCUUUUUAUGCUGCUGCCUUUGGUAUCACAUAUCUCCUUGCUCUUCUUGCAGAGGUAUCCCAAUCAAAACUUGAAGAUUCUACAUUUUGUUUCCAAAAAAAUUCAGUUUUGGAGUCCCUUAACAGUGAUAUCAUUGUGUGUGAAACUUGUCAGAAGGGAGAGGGAAAGCAAAAGCAAGAGCAUUUUGUGUUGAUUCAUGGACUCGGGCAUGGAGCAUGGUGUUGGUAUAAAGUUGUUACUCUACUCAAGCAGAAAGGGCACAGAGUGGUAGCCCUGGAUCUCACUUCUAAUGGGAUAAAUAGGGAUGCUCUCUCUGAUGAAAUCAAUUCAGUUGCACACUAUACAGACCCAUUGCUAAAAUACCUCCAGAGUCUUGGAAAUGAUGAGAAGGUGACUCUUGUUGGCCAUAGUUUGGCUGGAUGCCCACUUGCCUAUGCCAUGGAAAUGUACCCUGAUAAGAUCUCCAAAGCAAUCUAUGUUGCUGCAUUCACACCUCGCAACAAUCAAAGCUUCUUAAGCUCUUCAUUUCCAACGGUUUUUCCAAGGCUAGUGGCAAGUGGAUUGGUAGCACUAAACUAUGGGAAAGGAGAUUCAGAGAUGCCCACAUCUGCUUCACUUGUUCUGAACCACAUCAAGUCCUUUUUCUAUACUGAAAGCCCUGAAGAAGACAUAAACCUUGCAGCAUCUCUUUUAACACCUACACCAUAUCCAAUAUCUAUGGAGGUCCUAAACCUGUCCAGUGAAAACUAUGGUCGAGUGAGAAAAUUUUACAUUAUGCUGAUGAAAGACAAAUUAUUCCUGCCAGAGCAUCAGCAAUACUCUGUAGACCAAAAUCCUCCAGAGAGAGUAUUCAAAAUGCAUGGUAGUGACCACUCUCCAUUUUUCUCACAGCCUGAACAGUUAUGCAAUCUUCUGAUUCAUAUUGCAACUCUGUGAACACCUUUCAGAUGCAGAAGUUUAUUGAAAAAUCAGAACCCAAAUUUAGGGGUGGAUGUAUAUGCAUUAGGGGAGGUAUUGUUCAUGUAAAAUUAACAAAAGUUUUAAGUUCUUCAAUAAAGCUCUGUACUUUUAAUUUUAAA